GCCAAAAUAGACAUGUUACAUUUUCUCUUAACUUGCAAUCUGUUUGACAUUCAGCUAUUUAACGCGACAGGAUGCAAUUUAGUUGAUACAAUGGCAGUUCCGCAUUAAUAAUCCGUUUUAACUUCAGCUGACGAUACAACCGUUGCCGACAUGCUCCUUAUUCAGUAAAUAUAAACUGUCAAAAACUAGAUACCAUACAUACUUCGAUAAAUCCACCAUUAUAUUCCAGUUAUAUGGUUUAUAUACGUGCGCUCAGUAAGUGAAUGCAUUGUCCGACUGUCCUGGAAGGCAUCACAAGGUCAUACAUGCAGCCGGACCCCUAGCCUGCGCUUUGUACACCCCCUUGAGUCAGUGUCCUUCCAGUAGGUGGAGGCUCUUCCUCCCCUAGGCUCCGUUUCUACUCACGGCCCCCUUCAACCCCAGAGUUCCCUAUGUUAACCCUCAUGAGCAUGUUUUACUAUAUUUGUCUGCGGCGCCGCUCCAGGAGUGGGACUCGAGGGGAGGCACUGACCAGUCGGCGGGCCGUGGAGUCGGGCCAGCGGGCGGUGUUGCCGGUCAGUGUUGAGGUGGAGCAGUAUGCCAAGGAGGUUCUGGACUUCAGCUCCCACUAUGGCAGUGAGAAUAGCAUGUCGUACACCAUGUGGAACCUGGCCGGGGUCCCCAACGUCUACCCCAGCUCAGGGGACUUCACUCAGACGGCUGUAUUCAGAGCCUAUGGGAAGUGGUGGGAACAAUGUGCCAGCGCUCCACCACCUUUUCGCCGCACACCCAAAGGUUUCCACAGCCAGGAUUAUAUUGAACUGGGCUUUGAGGAGCCUGUCUACCCUACAGCAGUGGAUGUGCUUGAGACUUAUUACCCUGGAGCCAUCGUCCAAAUUAUGGCCUGCUCUCACAACCCCUUCUCCCAGAAUCCACCGACUGAUGUCAGAUGGGAGGUGCUGUGGUCAGGGGAGCCCACCAAGGUGCUGACCCCCCAGGCCCGCCAGUUUUCCCCCAACAUCAAGCACAUCAACUUCCCUACCAACCUGCUGCGAAUAGAGGUCAACAGCUCUCUGCUGGACUACUACACGGAGCUGGACGCUGUCAUCCUGCGGGGGGUGAAAGAGAGGCCCAUGCUGGCCCGCUAUAAGAUGCCCAUCAUCGAUAUUAACGACCUGAGUGACAGCGAGGAGGAGCUGUCUGAUCUGGGAGGUCCAUUCAGACAAGGAGGGGAGGCCAAGAGGACAGGCAAUGGCUACUUUGACAAACUGCCUUAUGAGCUCAUCCAGCUGAUUCUGAGCCACCUGACCCUGCCGGACCUCUGCCGUCUGGCCCAGAGCUGUAAGCUGCUGCACCAGCACUGCUGCGACCCGCUGCAGUACACCCAGCUGAGCCUGCAGCCCUACUGGGGCCGGCUGACUGACGUCUCCCUGGGACACCUGCAGAGCCGCUGCACUCUCCUCCAGAGGCUCAACCUGUCCUGGAUCGGCAACCGCGGAGCUCUCACCCUGACCGGCUUCAGCAGCUUCAUGAAGGCCUGCGGUCAGAGCCUGGGCUCCCUGGAGCUGUCGUGCUGCCACUUCCUGAACGAGCCCUGCCUGGAGGUCAUCUCUCAGACGUGUCCCGGGCUGCAGGAGCUCAACCUGUCCUCCUGCGACCGCCUCCAACCGCAGGCCUUCACACACAUCUCCAAACUGACACGCCUCCGCAGGCUGGUGCUCUACCGGACCAAGAUAGAGCAAACGGCUAUUCUGAGCGUCCUGACUUUCUGCACAGAGCUGAGACACCUCAACCUAGGGAGCUGUGUGAGGAUCGAUGACUAUGACGUUGUGGCCAGCAUGCUGGCUGCCCGCUGCUAUUCACUCCGCUCUCUGGACCUGUGGCGCUGCAGGAACCUGACGGACCGAGGCCUGGCCGAGCUCGUGACCGGCUGCAGGAUGCUGGAGGAGCUGGACCUGGGCUGGUGUCCCACCCUGCAGAGCAGCACCGGAUGCUUCCAGCACCUCGCCCGCAACUUGCCCCGCCUGCGCAAACUCUUCCUCACCGCCAACCGCACCGUCUGCGACUCAGACGUAGAGGAGCUGGCGGCCAGCUGCCCCUCCCUGCAGCACCUCGACAUACUGGGCACACGGUUGGUGAGUCCCGCCUCGCUGAAGAAGCUCCUCCAGGCCUGUCCUCGGCUCCUCCUGCUGGACUUGUCCUUCUGUUCGCAGAUAGACAUGCGGGUGGUCCAGGAGCUCUCCGGCCUCUUCCCCAACGUGGCCAUCAAGAAGAGCUUCACUCAGUGACCCCCGCCGCGCCUCAUUCUCCACAGUCCAGAGGAAGUAAAGCAGGAGCGUUCUCUGAAGCAAACACUGCCCCAAAGUGAAUAAGAGGCAGGUCAGAUGCUGUCAGAGAUGACUGACCUCUCUGCGUCUGACAAGAUCUUCUGUUAGCGCUCGGUAAACAGAGCAGUUGUACCGGGUGAGGAGGUCCUUCAGAUUAACUGGCUGUACGGAAACGACUUCUCACAGGAAUAGCCAACGUGAGACUUUUUAGUUGUUAUUUUUUUUGGACACUUGAAAUCAGGGUUGUUGCAGUAAAGCUGCUUCUUCUUCCCAGAAUCUGAAUCACCACUUGCCAAGCAACAGAAGGCAAGGAAAUAUGCCUUGGUAUCGGAUUCAAAACAUGUGUCGUCCCUUGAACAUCUUGUUAAGACAACAACAAGGGACAAUAAACAAAAAGUGUGAAACAAACCCUUAUUGGAAACAGUUAGAAAGGCUGCAGUAAGAUUUAGCAGUUACAUAUUUGUGUUAGAUGGUAACCUACUUUAAGAUCAGGGCUUUGUAAUGUGCAGUAAUCAUGCUGUUUGCUUUAAUGCAUCCUUCUGCAGGCAUCUGUCAAGCCACUUUGAUUUCAUUAUAUUAGACUAUACGUGAUGCUGUUGGGUUCUAAGGUAUCAGGAGCUUUACAGGUGAAACGCAGCCUUAUUUCACAUCGUUUGAAUGGUGGAAACCUUAAUGCAAGUAUCACAAGUUAUUUUUGUUGCUGCAGAAUCACAAAUAUCUCAUGUUGAAAAGUAACACACCGUCACCGACAACAUGAUUAAUCAAAAACAUGCAUGACAACUUGAAAAAAAGCAGUCAGCUAAAUAUUUAUUUUAUUUUAAACACACGCAGAAGAAGAAAAAUAAAACACCCUUUGCAGGAAAAGACAGAGCGACAAAAGCAUUGAACACAAAUGCACAGUUCAAAACCAAAAGAUAUAUGCUUACAAGGAUAUCAAAUAUCAAAUAAUAAGCACAAAGAUCUGACCAGGCCAAAGUUAUUGGAUUAAUAAUUGUUUAUGUCUUAUGUCAAGCAGAUCAUGCUUUGUGUUAGGUAAUCAUUUUGCCAUUUUUAGGGGAAUAAAGAGUUAGUUUUGUCUUCUGAUAGUUCACUAAUUCACUGGAUUCCCAAUGCUCUCAUGAUGUCGCUAGCUUCCUGUCGUCUCUCACACUCACUGCUGUCUGACUGCUGAUGUAUCGACCAACCAAAAUGAAGCUCCAGGAUGGAAGGAGCACUGUAGACUAAGUUGAGGAUGUUAUGUUAAACAGUGAAAGCACUCUGUGUGACCUCCAGUAUUUUUCCUGAAACUCAGGGGUUAUAAUAUUUUAUUUGGUUUUAAUUUGUUUUACACACAUUUUUCUCUGAAAACCAGCACAACAGACAUCUUAAUAACGCCAGAGUUAGUCAUCAGUGUUUCUCUUAAACAACACACACACAUGAUGUAACAUGAUAUCUUAUUUUGGGUUUGGAAUGUCACAGUAAUUGUAUGAUUGUGAGAUAUACUGCUGUCCCUGAGUAUUUCAUUUUUGUAAUAUAUGAAGCCACAGUUGCAAUGUGGCAGGCGUGCUUGAAAAGCAUUUUAUUAUUUAAUUUUUAAGUUGGAGUUUUCUUUUAAGCACAUGCUUCUAGUCAAUAUGUGUGCCUUAUGCUCCUGUUUGAAUGUGGUGUCCCUAUGGUUACAUUGUAAUUAAACGCUUUGCUUUUAUGCCCUUCAACCAAAGUAAUAUGCAGAAAGCUGGUCUUUAAGUUUGAAUGCCAUAUACUGUCAUGGUUAUUAAUAUGCAAAAUAAUGUUUAUUUAUACUUUCCUGUAUUAUAAAAGGUUAUCCCUAUAUACAAAAAUACAGUGCUUUUUUUCGUUUUUCCUAGCCAAGCUUAGAAAAAAAUCAGUUGUACCCCAUUAGCCUAGCUUAGCAUGAACACUCAAACAUUGGAAGCGGAGGCAACCGAAUUGUUAGCCUAGCACCGUAAAAAAAAAAGGCUUUUCAACAAGACCAAAGUGGUCUUUUAUCCUGUUUACAGAGAAAUGCUAAAAGUUAUGAAUGGUUAGCCUAAGAGCAUUAUUUCUCAAAGUACUGUGGAAGUGACGGCAUCACAGAACAAUUUUUUCUUAAUAUUGGGCCAGAGAACACAGAAUUCUACAGUAAUCAAAACACAAAGAUAUGUUAGUGACGAGGGCUGUACCAAAUGCGUCUUAUUUUGGCAGGGAAUUUGAUAAACCUGAACUUUAAGCAUUUGACAUAAAACAGGUUUUUUAAAGGCUAAUUAAGAUAUUUUUUAAGUUAAUAACUUUGGAUGUCUGUAUCCAGCCGCACAAAUUAUGCUAAACUAGGCUAAUCCUCCAGAUUGAUCAUUCGUAUUAAUAUCAAUUUACCUACUUUAAUUAUGGCUUUGCUGUGCAACCCAAACAUGCCGAAAUGAGGCUUGCAUUUAUGUUGAAAUGUAUAUAUUUUUCAGUCUGAGUUGUGUUUGAACAAAAUGGGGAUGAUAAUGACUGGAUUAUGGCUGGUUGAGUGGAAAGCCGAACAUUACACAUUGGCCUGUCCUUACAAAAUCCAUUGCAAUUAUAUUCAAUCUCAACAAUAUAUAAUGAUCUUUCCUUCACCAAUCACCUAUAGCAUUAGGAGUCCUGACAGUGUUUAGUGUACAGCCACUUUCAGCAGCAGCAUUUAUUAGUUCAUACAGACUCUUUUUUCACUCUCAUGGCCAAUGUUUGACCAAUGAAGAAGUAUGGUUCUAAUGCUCUUUCAGUUCCCUUCUUGGUAGUGGGAUGGCCCUGAUUUUCUGUGAUGAAUAUGCAUCUCUCUUGUCCCACUGGUAGUGCGAUGCUCCUUUGUGCCAUUGGUUUGACGGACAGCGAAGCUCCCUGUGCUGCAUUGUGGAAGACACUGUUGUGUGAAAAGAUUGUGCCUCUUUCAUGAUGAAACUGGGUGCUUGACUUUCACCAGACUUUAAAUAAACUAAAAGAAUGAUGA